AACAAAACCCACCGCAACAGCCAUUGACACUUCUACUCCAACCAGCAAUGGCAGAAAUCCAACCCCAACAGCAGACGACUUUGAUCUCCAAAACCUUUCCAAUUAAGCCGAAGCUCAAAGCAAAACCCAGGACCCAAUCCCAGACGCCGGAAUCUAAGUACUGGUCUUCUUUCAAGUUAACACAAAUCACCAACCUCAUAUCCUCGAUCCCCUCCGUCUCGUUUUCUCCUUCUGCUCCUCACGUCUUUGCCGCCGCCCACUCGGCCUCACUGUCCUUCUACUCUCCUCUUUCCCUCUCGGACCCUGAUGUUGCCGCCUCUUCCUCUAUCUCCUUCUCGGAUGUGGUUUCUUCUCUCUCCUUCCGUCACGACGGACUACUCCUGGCCGCCGCCAAUCUUUCCGGUUUAGUUCAGGUAUUCGAUGUUAAAACUCGCACCCCACUUCGUCGUCUCCGGUCCCACACCCGUCCUGUUCAUUUUGUACGCUACCCUGUUCUUGAUAAGCUCCAUUUGGUGUCUGGCGGUGAUGAUGCAAUCGUUAAGUACUGGGAUGUGGCCGGGGAAAGUGUGGUUCUGGAUUUGGUGGGUCAUAAGGAUUAUGUGAGGUGCGGUGAUUGUAGCCCUGUUAGUGGUGAUAUGUUUGUUACGGGUUCUUAUGAUCAUACGGUGAAGGUUUGGGAUGUGAGAGUGGAGAAUUCAAGGUCUGUUUUGGAGGUGAACCAUGGCAAGCCUGUGGAGGAUGUGAUUUAUCUGCCUUCUGGUGGGUUGAUUGCAACUGCUGGAGGCAAUUCUGUGAAGAUUUGGGAUUUAAUUGGAGGAGGGAGGAUGGUGUAUUGUAUGGAGAGUCACAACAAGACUGUUACUUCAAUUUGUGUGGGAAGAGUUGGAAGAGAAAGUGGAGAUGAGUCAAUGCAGUAUAGGAUUCUGAGUGUAGGUUUAGAUGGGUAUAUGAAGGUUUUUGAUUAUGCCAAAAUGAAAGUAACACACUCCAAGAGAUUUCCAGCUCCCCUUAUGUCAGUUGCUUUCUCGCUGGAUUGUAUGACUAGGGUGAUUGGAGCAGCAAAUGGGACUAUCUUUGCUGGGAGAAGAAAGAAGAAGGAAGAGACUGUGGAGAAUGAAGUUAGGAAUAUUUUGGGAUUUAGUAGCAUUGCAGAGCCAGAGAGGAGGGUUUUGAAGCCUACAUACUUUAGGUAUUUCCAAAGAGGACAGAGUGAAAAGCCAUCGGAGGGCGAUUACUUAGUGAUGAAAACAAAGAAGGUGAAACUGGCAGAGCAUGAUAAGUUGUUGAAGAAGUUUAGGCAUAGGGAGGCAUUGGUAUCAGCAUUGGGUGGGAAGAAUCCAGAGAAUGUGGUUGCAGUGAUGGAAGAAUUGGUUGCAAGGAAGAAGUUAAAGAAAAGUGUUGCAAAUUUGGACCAUGAGGAACUUGGUUUGCUGUUAAUGUUCUUGCAAAAGCAUGCGACAAUGCCUAGGUACUCUAGUUUGCUAAUGAGUUUGACAGAGAAGGUAAUUGAGAUGAGGGCAGACGAUAUUAGAGCUUCAGAUACCUUGAAGGGGCAAAUAAGAAAUCUAAAAAGAUCGAUUAAUGAGGAAAUAAGGAUACAGCAAUCGCUGCAAGAGAUACAGGGUAUAAUCGCUCCUUUGCUAAGGAUCACUGGAAGGAGAUAAAUUUAUUUGGUGUCAUAACAGUUUCAGGUUCUUCUAGUGACAUGCUUACCUGCUUUAGAUUUUUUUUUUUUUCCCCAAAUUUUGUUUCCUUUGAUAUGGCUUGAGGAUUCUUCUUCAUCAGACCUGCUCUGCAGUUUUGUUAUAUUAGAAUUUCAUGUUUUCAAUGUAUUGUUUUACAGUCUUGUUCCAUCAACUACCAAAUAUCUAUUCUUAGAAAUUUAAUUCAAUGUAUUGCUCUUUAAAUUCAAUCAUGAUUUUCAGGUAGUGUAAGAUGUUUUAUGUAUUGCUCUGCUCUGCAAUUUUGUUAUACCACUUCUGCUCCUUCCUCUCGCUAUUCUUUGUAUCCAUAUCCAUUCAUCUUUCCACUGGCCUGGGUAUGUACAAUAAGCAAUUUCUCAAGGA